UGUAUAAAAGCCGCGACGCCACGAGAGUGCUCCAGCUACCGCAGAGGCUGCCAACCACGACUCUGCCCCUCCUGCUCCAGCUACUCCCCUCCCAGCCCCCGCCCCCCCCCACACCUUUAUCUAUCCAUCGCUCCCCUCCCAUUCCCUCCUCUCGCUCCGUCCGAUCUCUCGCCGGAGCUCGGAGACUCUGUCCGAGGUCCAUGCGCUCCUGGGGGGGUGCCUCUCUGCGCGUCCUCGUCAGCCGCAGACCCCAAGAGCUCCCCGGGCUGACUCGCCCAGAGGGCUCCGCUCGCUGAGGCUCGGCUCGCCUCCCCCCCCCCCCCCCGUCCAUCUCAAAACCCACGGUCAUCCUCAACCCGGCGGACACCAUGAACGUCUCCGAUUUUCUGGACAUCGCCGUGCUCUCGGCCGCUCUCGCGAACUCGUCCAGCGCGGCGGACGGCAACGGCACCGCGGUGCGACUGGGCGCCACUCUGUGCUGCUUAGAGAACGCGACGGCGGGCGGGCAGGUGCCGCCAGCCGGGGGAGACGGGAGCGGUCCCCUCGGCCCCCUCGCAGACGCGGGCCGCCUCUACAUGUUCCGCCUGACCCAGAUCGCCGUGAUGUGCGUGCUGUCGCUGACGGUGGUGUUCGGCGUCUUCUUCAUCGGGUGCAACCUGCUCGUCAAGUCGGAGGGCAUGGUCAACCUCCUCGUGCGGGAGCGCCGCCACUCCAAGGACGUGGAGGCGGUCAUCGUGAGGACUUAACCCGCCCGGGGGGGGUCGUUUGGCCGCAGGAGGUGGAGCAUGACACGAGGUGUGUGGGUUGGGGGGGGUACGUACGUGGAGCCCCCCCACCCUCUCCCCCUGACCCCCCUCGCCCCCCCCCCCCUUCUUGAGUGCGGCUGAGCAGCAGGUGGUUGCGCAAUCUCGUCUCGCAGUGCCGCCGAGCAGAAGGAGCGAUCGUCCUCGUGAAGAGCGCGACUCGACACGGAAGAAGCGAGGAUGUGUGUCCACGGUGCCGAGCAGAGCGCGCCUGGCACGUGAAGAUCUAAGCGCGACAACGGCUGUCGCGACAACGGCUGUCGCGACUAACAGGUGUCGCGACAGCGCGAGACUCGAGCGAUCGCGCGCGUGUGCGCGUGGGGCUGGAGGCGCUGUGCAUUCCAAACUCGCCUUAGCGGAUGGAGUUAAACGGUUUAUGGCCCCCUUAUCUGCGUUAUGCGUAAAAUGCGACGUGUCAAGUGCUCGUCGGAGUUUCGUGUGUCCGCGGAUGCGCGGAUGCGUGUGUGUGUGUGCGCGCAGUGGUUAGAGCACUGCGCUGCGAACCCGACUACCCGCGUUCGAUUCCCAUUCACAAACCAAGAACAGUGGGGAAUAUUUAAACCGGUCAUGGGCCUCCCCAAGGUCGACUGAAGAUUGAAUAAUGAGUACCUAGUGCGGUGUAUAAAUAUCAGCACUCAUGAGACAAAGGGGGUAGGGCGUGGUGCUGGCCCACCCACCCCUCGUGUGCCGUGCCGGCCCUUCAUAGGUGCUCGCUAACAGCACUUGCCCUCCCUACACGGGGGGGGGGGGGAAUCUUCGUCUUCGUCUCGUGCGCGCGCGGUACGGACGCGCGUUGCGCAUGCGCAUGAUGGAUAUGCUUUUUGACGUCGUGAGUGGUUUCGUAACGAUCUCGCAAAGGAGCGAAUAAAAUUGUGCGUGGAGAAACUUCUCUGUAAUCGCUUUGAUUGCCGCU